AUGGCAUCCAUCGGUUUACCUCAGGAUUAUGGCUACUGUGUUUUGGUAGCUGCUGAUAGCGUCUUGGUUUUGAUCUACUUGGGCAUUCGAGUAGGUCGAGCUCGUAAAGAAUUUGGAGUUGAGUAUCCAAAAAUGUAUGAUGAUUCCAAGCCAAUCUUCAACUGCUACCAACGUGCCCAUCAAAAUACGUUGGAAAUUUACUCACAAUUCUUGGCAAUGAUGUUGCUUGGAGGUUUACAACACCCACGUAUUAGUGCCGCAUGUGGAGCUCUUUGGGUUGUUAGCCGUUUAUUUUAUGCUCAUGGCUAUUAUACUGGAGAUCCAGCUAAAAGAAUGCGUGGAGCUUGGGGUGGACUCGGUUUACUAGGAUGUCUUGGCUGCACCUUUUCAUUAGGUCUACACAUGUUGGGAUACUUUUAA